GCUUUUAUGGACAGAGAGUGAAGGUGUGGUGCCAUUCAAAAAUCAUUUUGGAAGUUAAGUCCGUUCAGCUGUCUCUUUAGAAUACAGUACCUGCAUUGCUCCAAAUCAAGGCUGUGUUUUUUGAGAGAGUAAAAUCCUUACAAGCAUUCCCAUGUCAAUCAUGCAAACCGAAGGCUGCGCUACGAAACGUCUUUGCUCUCUUUGGAUCUAAUUCAUUUGGGGUUUCCGAUUGUCCCCUUUACGCACGACGACAUCACCAACACGGAGGUCUUUAAAUCGGCGUGAUUAUUGAUAUCCAAUCUGCUCUGUCUCUCUGAUCGUGUCGGACACAUACCGCUUGUUUCCGAUGUGCAUUUCCCAUCACUUGGUUCUUCUGCAUGGAUGAGACACAACUGGCGCUCUUCUUCUAGAACAAUUCUGGAGAAUCCGCGUAAAGGGUUCGGGACACUCACAACCGCAGUCCAGUCAUGGCCAUGGUGGUGAGUGUGUGGAGAGACCCGCAGGACGAACUGGAACCAGGGGCAUCCCUGGAUGAGCAUCACCAGCAGCGCCUGAGCGCACCCUCGCAGUCUCCCAACACUGGACUCUCAUCGGCGGAAGAUAAAGGACAGAACUCGGCGCAGAAUCAGCAGCACAUUGAGUGUGUGGUUUGCGGAGAUAAAUCCAGCGGGAAGCACUAUGGACAGUUCACCUGCGAGGGAUGCAAAAGUUUCUUCAAGCGCAGUGUGCGGCGGAACCUAACGUACACGUGCCGUGCCAACAGAAGCUGCCCGAUGGACCAGCACCACAGAAACCAGUGCCAGUACUGCAGGCUGAAAAAAUGUCUGAAAGUGGGCAUGAGACGCGAAGCGGUUCAGCGAGGAAGAAUGCCGCCGAACGCGCCGAACCCGGGCCAUUACGCGCUGACCAAUGGAGACCCCCUGAUUGCCCAAUGCUACCUGUCCGGAUACAUAUCUCUCCUGCUUCGGGCCGAGCCAUAUCCAACAUCCAGAUAUGGAAACCAGUGCUUGCAAUCCGGUAACAUCAUGGGCAUAGAGAACAUCUGCGAGCUGGCGGCCCGUUUGCUCUUCAGUGCCGUGGAAUGGGCCAGGGGCAUCCCAUUCUUUCCUGAUCUCCAAAUCACGGAUCAGGUGUCUCUGCUUAGACUCACCUGGAGUGAGCUUUUCGUGUUGAACGCUGCGCAGUGCUCCAUGCCUCUCCACGUGGCUUCACUCCUCGCCGCCGCCGGACUUCACGCGUCCCCGAUGUCCGCGGACCGGGUCGUGGCCUUCAUGGAUCACAUCCGAUUCUUCCAGGAGCAGGUGGAGAAACUGAAGGCCCUGCAGGUGGACUCGGCCGAAUACAGCUGUGCCAAAGCUAUAGUGCUCUUCACAUCAGAUGCCUGCGGCCUUUCGGACGUACCGCACAUUGAAGGCCUUCAGGAGAAAUCACAGUGUGCACUAGAGGAGUAUGUGAGGAGUCAGUACCCGAACCAGCCCACUCGCUUCGGCAAGCUGCUGCUGAGACUCCCCGCGCUCCGUAUGGUCUCUUCCUCCGUCAUAGAGCAGCUUUUCUUCGUUCGACUGGUGGGUAAAACGCCCAUUGAAACGCUCAUCAGGGACAUGCUGCUAUCUGGGAGUAGUUUCAACUGGCCCUACAUGUCCAUUCAAUGAGUCCACAUGCAGAAGAAGACGAGAAUGGAGACAUUUGGUGAGCAUUUAUUUAAA